AUGUGGAAGAGCCUCAUUCUCAGCGCCCGUCAGGGCAUUCAAUCAGCUUCUUCCUCGCGUUCUCUCCCGACCAUCCCCCGACCUGCCACUCAAACUCGUGCUUUUGUCGUUGUGCCUCGCAUGCUCAAGGAUGCCGACACACGAGACUUUGACCGCGAGAAGCUCAAUCCCGUCACCACCGAAGCAACCGAAACCGCCACGCACGAUGAGAUCGCUCAGCACGACACGGCCUUUGACCCUUCCACUACCAUGCCGGAGCGUGAGCUAGAAGCCACCGAGCAAGAGUCGCGCACAAAGGGGGAGAAGGGCACGCUGAACGUGAGUGCGGCCAACAAGGAUGUGAGCAAGUGGAGAGAUGCUCAGGAAGGAGGACCGUCCCGCAAUGCCGACAGAGAGGCCUCGAGCCAACGAGGACACCCGAACAAGGGCAGCAAGAUUGAUGUCAAGGAGGACGGGACUCAUGUGUCUCGUCAUUGA